AUAGCUCCAAGAGAUGCCACAUCAACGCGCAAACGGAUUUAAAAAACGAAUACGUACAGGCUGUCGAUACAUUGGUCUCGAUCUCCCAAAGAAGAUUCCUAAACGUCUGGAUGUAUUUCGAUCCGAUCUUCAAAUUAACGAGAUGGGGCAAAAAUCACGAGCGCGCAUUGCGCGUCGUUCACGGCUUCGUCGACAAAAUCAUCGCGGGGAGGAAGGGCCAGUGGCAAGCGAAGGAGAAGAGAAACGCGGAGGAACGGGUUACCAAGUACCAGACUUUGCUGGACUUGCUGUUAGACAUGUCGCAGAACGGCGACGCCCUCACCGACGAGGACAUUCGGAACGAGGUGAACACGUUCAUACUCGCCGGUCACGAUACCACGGCCACCAGCGUGUCCUGGAUCCUUUAUGCGUUAGGCCGCUAUUCGGAGUAUCAGGCGAGUGUACUGGCAACGCUCGUCGCGCCAGCGAAUUCAACCCUUCUGGUAUCGACCAUGAAAAUCGUGUGCACGCGAGCGAAAAAUUAUCGAGCACGUUCGAGACCCAGUUCGGGCAAAGACUGGACGAGUAAAAUCGUAUAAACUUUACAAACCUUUUUGUAAACGAGUGGAACAACAU